AUGCCAAUAAAAAUAGGCGUAGAAAUAAAGCCAAUCAGAGGUAUAACUCGCCUCAGCGUUAGCACCUUGUCAGUCGCUAACAAGUACUUAUGGUUCGGCUUAAAUGACGGGAAUAUAAUGAAAAUUUCCCACGAAGAUGAGUAUAACAAUACAGAAUCUCCUAGAAUUGGUGGAAUCGCUUCCGAAUAUACACUGCUGAGGACGAAAAGUCCAGGGUCUGAGGUACGUAAUUUAUACGUAGACGCAAAGUCAUUUCACUGUCUGGUGUGUUUAACAUCAGGAGACCACUACUAUUCGAACUUUCAAAGCACAGAGUUGUAUUUUAUGAGGCCUUUACAAAGAGUGUUCAUAAGAUCUCUGGCGUUCACUGAACUGACUUCUGAGAAUUACACGGAUUCUUUUCUCAUAGGAACCCAGCAGGGUUCCUUAAUAGAGGGAAGAAUAGAUUAUUCAAAGCCUCAAUAUUAUUUUAAGUCCCUUCACGUCAUUCCUGGCUCUGAACCUGUUCUAAGUACCCAGUUGAUCCCAAUAGUAUACAAGAACAAUCGCACAUUUCUCGUAGUGGCAGCUACAACAAAACGACUUUAUGAAUUUUUUAGUGGUUUAAGUCUCCAGGAUACCUUUUCAAGAUAUUCAACCAACACAACAAAUGAAAGUAAUAGUGUUAUGAAUAAUAAAAACGCGAUGACAGGGUUAAGAUAUGAAGUACCGCUAGCGGCACCUUAUGGUGAAUUAUUGGUAGUUGAAAAAGACGACGGAAGUCACACUUUGUUUUGGACAAACGCAACUGGGAUUGUGUUUUCCACUGUCCCGAGAAAGGUGAACGAGGACCAAACAUCUUGCUUAGAGUUUCCGCCUAACAUAAUCAGUUAUCCAACAGGGUUCAGAUAUUUGACCUUUUCAAGUUGCACCAAAAAGUUCAAGCACCACGAUAACAAGAAAAAUUUCCUACACAAACCACCAGAACAAAUUCCGAAAAGCGCUAUAGCACUCAACAAACACAUCCUCCUGCUCUUUGACGAGAUUAUCAUUGUCAUUAAUACAAUAAUUAAACAGCAAGUAUCUUCAUUUUCACUACCAUACGGUACGUACGGUGAUAUGAAAAAGUUGGUAAAGGAUCAAAUAUCAGGUUCAGUCUUCUUGCUAUCAUCAGAUGCACUAUACGAGGUUGUAAUUCAGAAGGAAUCUGACGACUCAUGGCAUUACUAUAUGCUUAAAGGUGACAUGAAUAGUGCUCUGGAACAUUGUAAAACAUCAGCCCAGAGGGAUCAAGUGUUAUUUAAGGCAGCCCUGGAUUAUUUUGAAAAGGGAAUGUUCGAAGAGUCCGCAAAGAUGUACGCCGAGUUAGAGAACCAGUACUCUGAGAUCGAGAAUGUAUUUUUAAAGUUCAAUAGACCAGAACACGAAUAUGGACUUAUUGAAUAUAUAACUAGGCUACUACAGAAAAUGGACAUUAACAAAGCUUUUCCAAAGUUUAUAAUAUUAACCAUCUGGUUGGUGGAGCUAAUCUCCUUUAAAUUUAAAGACCUUUCACUCACAAUUGAAACGGGAAUUGAGCAAGGAAAGGAUGUAGAGAGUUUAAAGGCACUAUAUAACUCACUGAAGCAGAAGUUUUCCAGGUUAAUAAUUUCAGUCAAGGAUAUAGAUGAGCUUGUGGCACCCAUAAACUUCAUACUUCAAACCACAGGCUGUAUUGAGGAGUGCAUAGAAUAUGCCAAACUAAGGAAUGAUAACUCCACAGUUAUCUGCCACCAUAUAACAAAUGGGAAUAACACAAAAGCACUGCAUGAAUUAUCUCAAAUGCCUCCUUCAGAAAAAAGAGAUUCACUUUUCCUCAGAUUUGCACCACUAAUAUUCAUGGAUAGCUGUGAAUCCUUUGCCAAGGUCCAGUUCCAAUCACUACCUCACAACUAUUUGAUCCCAAUACUCACACUACCAACAGUUUUGCCCAAUCCCAACUAUUUGGACAGUUCGCUCAAAAUUUUAAGGAGGAUACUCUCACAACCAAAUGGAAUGGACACAUUUUCAAAGUCUUUGCUCUGGUCCAUUUACAUUGUUCUGCUCACAUUCCUCCCAACUGAGGAUAACCUCUUGCAGGUUCUAUCGCAAGCCAACGUUGAUUUCACCAAACUGGACCUUUCAAUCCCACUUAGAUACUUGAAGCUUAAAUCUUAUAAUUUCAAACCUAUAAAUUCUAAUAAUGCAGUUAAACUAAAUGAUGUAAAUCACACCACUGAUGCGAGUGAUUUAAACCACACCCGUUGGAUGGUGCCAUUUAUCCACCUCUUGAGUUUAUGCGGCAUGGUUGACGACGCACUUGACUUGUCACUCAAGAUAAACGACCUUUCCCUAGCACAAAAAUGCGCAAUGAAGCCCACUAACGAUUUCUACAAAAGAAAACUCUGGCUUAAAAUCCUAAAGCACUCCUCAGUAAAUAAAACACAAAAUAUCACACUAUUGCUCAACGACUCUAAAGGCUUUAUACAAAUUAACGAUUUACUGGAUUACUUACACAAAGACAUUAGUUUAAGUGAUUUGAAGGGGGUCAUUGACGAAUUCCUACUACAGUAUGAGGAUAACAUUCAGGAAAGAAGGCAGGAAAUUGAAAACCUAUGCAACUAUAUUGAAGAAACUAAAUCUGAUAUUCAACUAGCUUCAAAAAGAUUUGUGAAUGUCUCAAUGACUGAGGAGUGUAGUGUGUGCAGUCAGUCUUCAUUUUUGAAGAACUUUAUCGUUUUUUCCUGUGGCCACGUGUUUCACCGCGGAUGCAUCGCAAAAACUCUAUAUACUUUGCUUAAAGGGCCCGAGCUUUCUGAGUUUGAUAAAAUUAAGGGCAGGUUCGACGAAUUUGGAGAUGACAGGUCAGAGUCCGAGUAUGUUGAUUACCUUUCAAAGGCAUGCUUACUCUGUGGUUAUCCUAUUCUACUUCUGGCGUCUCAACCGUUUAUAACGAACUCUGACAUCGAUGAGCUGGAAAAAUGGACUAUACAAUAA